GCCCUUACAGCCAAAUAUAUUCCAUUAUAUAAUUGAGGAGUUCUAGCUUCCAGUCACCGCUCCUCUUUCACAACUACAUACCAAGAUGAUGUUUUCUUCUCCCCAGCCUUUGGGGCAUUUCUCGGUAUCACAGGUCAAAAUGGCGACUAUGUCACUAGCGACCGCACGGAUGGAGCUGUCAAAGUUAAAGAGAGUUCCAGUAUCUGCAGAGGCAUAUCUAGACGUUUUAAACAGUACAAGGGUCGAUGGGGUUGAGAACGUGGUUGAGCGAAGUACAAUAUUUCAUGGGGUUAAUGAAGCAGCGUUCAUUCUCGGGCAGAACAUUGUCAUCGAGAGAACGACAGGUCAUCCAGUGGUAUUCUAUGAGAUGGAGAGAGCUUCGAGGAGGCCCAUGCGAUAUGGGCCGACCAGAGGCACAGAUAGUAUUGAUUGCUCUAGGAGAGCUUUGCAUGUUCUAAAGGCUUUUACACCGUUGAUCUCGAAUGCCCUUGGGUCACCACCCCAACGACUUCCAGUUUCUCUCAUUAAUCGACCUGCUGUGGCAUAGAUGAGUUUGUCAGCCCCAAAAGCAGUUACUCGAUUUUGUUGUUGUACCCUUAGUUUGAAUGUUAAACAAAAAGAUCGACCGUUCAUUAUCGGUGUUAUAGUGUAACUAGGUAGCACAUACUUCCC